CUGAAAUGCUGCCGUGCGGAGUUUAGCUCAUUCUGAAACAGCUACGCUCGCGUACAAAAGAGCCUGCGAAGUGAUAGCUGCAGCGGGCAAAGUCAAGCAACUGCCGUCUCUCCGAGCAGGCGACUUGGAUUUAAUUCUGUUCCCGUGGGAUUUAAUUUAAGGGAACGGCUCCUAACCUUUGCAUUCGGCAUUUCCCUUGCACUUUGCCUCGCUUAAGGUUGGAGCGGAAAGCUGCGGGCCAAGGACCAUGUGGUGAAAAGAAGGUUGGAGUCGAGGAAGUGGUUGGACUUAUCUGCUACACGCGCGCCUGACUGGGAGGGGAAAAUCUGCGCCUCCAAAGGGGGGGGGAAAAAAAGAAAGAAAGAAAAAGCUCCAACUUGGCGGAAGGCAGGAGGGAGAACCGAGCGUGCCGCAGCAAGCUUGCUUCGCGAAAAGGCGGCUACUCCUUUCUGGCUGAUUUUUUUUUCUCCCCCCCCCCUUCUCCGAAGUCGUUCGCCGCUUAGGAGCGACCCUCUCCGGGGCUAUUGUGGAUGCGGCGUGUGAUGGAAAAGCCGUAGCUCGAAUUUGCAAAACCAGUUCGGCCUCUUCUCCUACCGACUACCGAAGAAACCUCGUUGGGAUUUGCUCUUGGGAGAGAAUUUCCCGAGUAGCGAGUUGCAGGGCAGGGGCGCGCAGUGUAAGCAGACACCCCUUUGAAUGUUGGUGUCCGGAAGGCGAGCUGUUUGGCGGGGCGAACGAGUCGGGUUGCCUUUCGUUCGAGGACCAGGAUUUUGCGAGCGCUCGGCGCGAGUCGAGAGAAGGCGAAGAGAAACCAACUUGGCCUCUCGGAUCCGACGACAGCUGGAGAGCAAAGGUUGGGGGUGGAGGGGGGGCCGAGAAGGUUUUCGCCCUCUGGAAUGAGUUUUCCUGCGCUUUAAGACUUCUCGGAUCCUCGCACGCUACCUUAUGGAUUUAACUUAGCAGGGAGGUGCCUUCACGCGGAUUUGGCGUUCAAAAACGAUUUCAGAUGCAUGCCCAGUUUCUGGUUAAUGCCAGAAUUAGAGACCACUACCGAUGGAGUCCACAGGUCAGCAUGGAAACAGCAGUUCGUUAGUUGUCCAUCAGCAGCUUUUUCUGGACAACCGACAAAGGUUGGACUAUGAAAGAGAUAUUCAGCCAACUGCCAUUUUGUCACUGGACCAGAUCAAGACUCUCAGGGGCAGCAAUGAAUACACUGAAGGUCCAUCUGUGGUGAAAAAGUCUGCUCCCCGGACAGCUCCAAGACAAGAAAAACAUGAAAGGACUCAUGAAAUCUUACCAAUAAAUGUGAAUAAUAAUUAUGAGUCCAGACCCAGCCAUCCUGGACAUGUGCUACAUCAACACAACUCAAGGGUUCCUGUUUUGAGUAGAUCUACAAGUACUGGAAGUGCAGCUAGUUCUGGAAGCAACAGCAGUGCUUCUUCAGAGCAGGGCCUUCUAUUAAGAUCACCACCGUCAAGGCUAGGCCUGGGUCAGAGAUUUGAAAGGCCAAUCAGGACGCAACCCAAACCAUCAUCUUUGAUUGUAGAGGACCUGAAGAGUCCUUUGAAAGAGGAUUCUACUCAACAUAAGUUCAUAUGUGAACAGUGUGGGAAGUGCAAAUGUGGAGAAUGCACAGCACCCCGGGCCUUGCCUUCUUGCUUGGCCUGCAACAGACAGUGUUUGUGCUCAGCAGAAAGCAUGGUGGAAUAUAGCACCUGUAUGUGUCUGGUCAAAGGAAUCUUCUAUCACUGUUCCAACGAUGAUGAAGGGGACUCAUAUGCGGAUAAUCCAUGCUCAUGCUCCCAGUCACAUUGUUGGUCACGGUACCUGUGCAUGGGGGCCAUGGCUUUGGUUUUGCCUUGCCUGCUCUGUUACCCUCCUGCAAAAGGAUGCCUAAAACUGUGCCGUGGGUGUUACGAUUGGAUGAAUCGUCCAGGAUGCCGAUGCAAAAACUCCAAUACAGUUUAUUGUAAGCUAGAAAGUUGUCCAUCAAGGGGUCAAGGCAAGCCUUCCUGAUUUCUGGAGGGAAAGAUCCAGUUCCUCAGACACCAUCUUUCAGAUAGUGGCUGACUUUUCUGUCUUCAUGCCCCUUUUUUUCUUUCAUGCCCAAGAUCUUCUCUCACUUCUGUUGUUUAUCUCAAUGAAGGGCAAAUCUGAAUGCAUUGGUCUUUGGUAAGUGUGGCUCAUGUGCUGGUGUCUUUUUUCAUCUUGGCAAGUCAUCUCAGGACUCUGAGUAAUAGACUCCUGAAAGAAGUAAUGAGGGUACUGGGUUUUUCUGAAGUCCUUUAUUCUGCAAACAACUUUCCAAAGAUGCUGUUUUGUUUUGUUCUAUUUUUAACUAACUUUAAUAACUUUCAAGUGUUUUUUUUCCCAACUCUUCCCAAUCCUCUUUUUAAAAAAGGCUGCACAAUCCAGUUAUUUCCCUUAAACAAAGUGGAAAGGAAAGAAAUAUGGGUUGAAAUUUAGCAAACCUAAGUCUUCCCCCCCCCCAUUUUCUUAAAUUAACCACUUGCAUUUUGCUUGUUCCUUGUCCACUAUUUUUGUCAGUCCAGUUUUUACGUAUUUACCUUCAUUGCCCCAUUACUGGUUUCUUCAUAAGCUUCUAUUGUUUUCAGAUAUAGAUAUAGUUUGCUCUUUCUAUAUAUAUAUAUAUACAUACAUAUAUAUACAAGCCCUAUCUGUCACUUUUAUUUUGAUACUAAAGUUGGUUUCUCCAUAUUUGAAUAAUACAGGUAGUAAUACAAUUUAAGUUGUAUAAGCCACCUUUGAUUUCUUAACAUUUCUAAUUUCUGUGGUUUAAAAAGUUUAACUCAUCCUCAGCUCAAUAACUUUCCUCCUCUCUCUUUAUUGCCUUAGCCACAUAUUGUGGUGCUUUUUGUAUAUUUUAUGUAAAAUCACAAAGUUGAAUUCUGACUAUUUUUAAGACAAAGGUCUGUUAAAACUUUUUUAUUGUAAAGAAUAUUUAUUAUGUAAAUCUCUAUUAUUUUAUGAUAUUUAUUAUAAAAAACUGUUCCAAAAAUGUAUUCCUGUCUGAAUAUUACAAAAUAUCAACAUUUAAUGAAAAUAAGGGUGAUACAAGGAAAGUAUGUAUGUUAAACUAUAAUGCAGAAAAUAUAAUAAUUAAUUAAAAUGUCUUGGGUUCUUUAUUUGUUAGUAAAACUGUUUGUUCUUAGCAGUAUUAGAAGAAAGACUGUAUAGUUCUUUACCACUUUCCUUGGAGAUGACCCACUGUACUCAGUGGGACUUCACUUCUGAAUAGGCUUGUAUAGGAUUUCACUGUAAGACCACUGCCACUUAUUUCUUUUCUGAAGUUUUCAUGACUGUGAAAUCAUUUUUUAAAAAAUAAUCAGAUUUUUGCUCUGAAGUGUUUUUCAGCAUUGUUGUAUCUUGCUCAUUUGAAAACAUACACACCGCAAGCUAUAUUUGUGCAACUAUAGAGGUUUUCAUAGACUAUACAUUGAUUUUCAUUCUUUUUUGUUUUUGAGAAGAUAAUUUUUUUAAGGUGUGAAAAUGAGAUACCAAACCUUAAUAAACGUUUGGGAAAGAAAAAUGAGAAUUUCUAAAUACCUCAUUUUUCAAAUUAUGUUCAUGGUUUUUCCUCAAAAGAUUAAUUCUGUUUCCAGAAUUCCGAAUAAAUGAUUCUUGUGGACCUAUUGGUGCAUACUAUAUUAAUAAAAUAUAUUUAAUUGAAUUGAUA